GUGUCCCCGUCUCUCUCCGUGCGCCAGGGCGCGGCGCAGCCACUCGGUGCGCUCGGAGGCGGAGCAGGGGCCACCCGAGCCUUAGCAGCCGCCGCUUUCUCGGCCGCCUGGAGACACAAAGGCUGCGGAUCUCGCCCCGGAGCCGGGCGAGGCGAGUGGAGCAGCUCCGGGCCCCCCGUUCAGUCCCGCCGGGGCCCCCUUUGGAGAGCCAUGUCCUGCCUGGAUUACCUCGCUGCCGAGUGCCUGGUGUCCAUCUCCAGCGGGGCUCUGAUCCACCCCGCCGCCGCCUCCAGCCUCCCCAGCCCCGAUCCCGCUAGCAGCGAGGACCGGGAGGUGCGGGACACCCUCCGGGGCGCAGCCCCGGCGGCGGCCGGCUGCAGGGCGCGCCCCGGUUCGGCGCACUCGGAGAGCAGCAACUCGUCCUCGUCGGCCGGAGGGGGGGACCUGGAGAGCGGCUACACCACCCUGUCCGACGGGGGCGGCGGACCCCAGCGCGCCCCGCUGCCCGCCCACAGCCCCAGCCUCUCCUCCCCGGGCAAGCGGCACCGCUGUCACUUCCAGGGCUGCUGCAAAGUUUAUGGCAAAUCGUCCCACCUGAAGGCGCAUCUAAGGACGCACACAGGUGAGAGGCCGUUCCCGUGCACCUGGCCCGACUGCUCCAAGAAGUUUGCACGCUCGGACGAGCUGGCCCGGCACUACCGCACCCACACCGGGGAGAAGAAGUUCGCCUGCCCGCUCUGCGAGAAACGCUUCAUGCGCAGUGACCACCUCACCAAGCAUGCCCGCCGCCAUCCCGCCUUCCACCCCUCCAUGGUCAAGCGGCUGGGCUGCCCCAGCGACUCCGCGCCCGGCAGCCUGGCGGGGAGCCCCGUCGCCAGCCCUGCCCCCAGCCCGGCCAAGUUCCUGUAGGGGCUGGUGCUGCUCCAAGCGGGGACCAUGUGGCACGGACCCCAAAAGGUGCCGCCUGGCCCAGGCCGGCCCAGGAAGCCACCGAGAGUGCCCAGUGUCAAGGCUGCCCUUGGAUCUGUGGGGCGAGCGAACCGUCUGCUCCUCCCUGACGGGGUCCUGCUCACGGGGACCUUCCGCUCCAUGUUCUGGGUGUCUUCGAGCAGCAGCCUCUCCCCACCUGGCUUCGUGGUGAUGUCCAGCAUCCCUUACCCCCGGCCUGCGUGGCACAGCGGUUGGGCGUCCAGUCCCGCGGGCCGUGCUGCUCCCCCUGGGCGGCUGUGGAAGGAGCAGGGCGGGGAGAAGGCUAUGACCUUGCCCUGGCUGCCGCCAGCCCCUCUCCUGGGCAGGCUCCCGCAUGGCGGUGAGAAGUGGCACCUCUCCGGGAACCCCCAGCUACCACGAUGCCAGACUCUACCGGCUCGACUCGUGCGGGGCUGUUUCGCCCUGGAGAUGCUGAGGGGCAAAUCAAGGCCCUUGCCUCCUCUCUGGUUUACCCUCCUGGUGCUGGUGCAACGACACUUCCCCAGCAGGGGGCACCCUCGGGGUGGUUCCAACUUGCACCUUGGGGACCCCUUGACGAAGGCAGCUUAAACCAGGCCAGUUCUGCCUCCCGUCCCCGGAGGCCGUGACUGCUUUGCUCUUGGGACAGAAGGCUGCUCAGGGAGGAGAUGGCCGGUGGCUGAAGUCCCCUGCGUCUCCCACUUCCCCUCCCCUCUCCUUCUGGAAACCAGGACCUGCUCCCCUGAAAUUCUCCCCUCUCCCUCCAGGGGAAGCCCAACAUAGAUAUAGAUCUAUCCCUCCCCCAGAGGGGAAUUCUGAAUAUUUAUUUAUACAGACUAACGCACCUCCGGCUGCAACCUUCUGAGGUCUUUGCAAGUCGUGGGUAUCUGGCCAGUGGACACAGACUGACUGACUGGGCCGUGGGGGGGAGGAGGGGGAUGUACCUUUUGAGUGACUCUCCGUCCAGCCCCUGCCAUGGGAUGGGGCUGGGCUUUUUAGGCAGGAAUCUAUUUAUGGACAAAAUCGGUUUUUAUAGCUGUGGAAUCGGGGUGGAGGGGUAUAAAGGGGGGGGGGGUGACAGGUGCCCCAGCCAGCCUCUUUGAAGCGGGUGUGGAUUGAGUAUUUGUCUACGUAGCAUACUGCUGCUGGAACCCAGCCGUGUGCAGCUGUUUUAGGGGAAGCCUGGGCCUGCAUUUCGGUUCUUGGUGAUUUGGGGGGGGGCGCUGCGGAUUGUCCUGAAAACUUGUAAUUUAAUUUUUUUUCCAGAGAGUUCUCAGCACUUUAAAGACACAGGGGACCCCUUUGAGGUGGGUCAGGUGGGGCACCCAAAAAAUCACUAGACACUGCUGGAAAUAUAGGGCCAAGUGCCUUCAGUCCGUCGAAAGCAGGCCUGUCCCAGAACAGGAUCAGAGUGGACUCGUUUAUUGGUACAACGGCAGUUACAUAGCAGCUUUUCUCAGCCACGUGGGCUGCUCCAUUUGAUUCUGCUGCAAGUCACUGCACUGAAGUCACUAAGGGUGUGUCUACACUUGGGUGUCGACUCCACCUAGGCCGGGGUUCUCCUGUCGGCGUAGGCAAUCCACCUUCCCGAGAGGCGGUAGCUAGGCCGAUGGACAAAUUCUUCUAUCGCCCUCGCGCUGUCUGCACCAGGGGUUUGGUCAGCUUAACUACGCCGCUCAGGGGAGUGGAUUUUUCACGCCCAUCAGAGACGUAGCUGUGCUGGUGUAAGGUCCCAGUGUAGACCCAGCCCUGAGGUAGGUCAGGGCUGCGGUGCAGUAAUGCCCUUGGUUUAGUCAGCUGCGGGGAUUGAACCUGGGACCUCUGGCUCUAAAAGCAGUGAGUGUGUCGCCUGAGCUAAGAGCCCAGCUCCGUUAGUUCUGUUGCAGUAGCGGACUCUGGGGUCUGACCACUAGAGGGGGACAAGGCGCUACCCCGCGUUGGCGUGGGUGAUGCUGAUUUUAUAGACGCGGGUGUUCUGCCUGCGUUGGGGAUAGGCCUGGCCGCUUGUGUGCAGUGCCGUGCCGCUGGCCAGAAGGCUGAACAUCAGCUUUCCCCACAACACGUGAGCCCAGGCCGAUUGGCCUUGGUGGAACGAGUUUGAUGGGUCACAGGCAGUUCCUGGGGUCCCCCUGCCUGCGUAACAAAGCCAUCGGCGUGGCUGGCAUGGCUCUCCCCUCCUGCGCUGCCCCUACCAACGCCCAUGCCGCACCUGGUAUGGGGAUAGGCUGCUCCACGCCCACGCCUCUCUCAGUCCAGGCGCGCUUUCGAUCAAGAAGCAAACCCCCUCCCCCCAGUGCUUUCCCUGGGCUCUCCGGAGAGAACCUUGCCCCCUGGAACGCUUCAGAGACGUGUCUGGGAUGGGUCUGCUGGGAGUUCCUCAAGCGUGGCAUGGCUGGGAGUUGGCCUCCUUUGCCCCCUCUCUGUAUUCCGCGUGGCCCCCGGGUCCCAGCGCUGUGGGAUCAUUCUCCAUCAGACUGUCUGCAAUGGCCCAGGCCGUGGGACUGUCUCGAAGGAGCCGGCAGCUUGCUGGGAUUGGGAGCCAAUCUGGCAGCGGCCAGGAUUCCGGCGUCAGAACUUGAGGACUGUGUGGAGCUCCUCUGGCUGGACCUUGUUUCUGGCCUCCUGGACUGGGGCACAAGAGCGCUCAGAGCGGCCGGGAAGAGAUGCCAGCCGGACCCCGGCUCCGGGAGCAGUGGCUGCCUCUCGGGGCGGCUCGCCAAAGGCCACCUUGGGUAGAAUACACUGAAACGUACUGCAUUAGCCAGCGGGUCCCUUCUCACGUCAGUGUCGUGCCAGGGGGCUCGGCGUCCUUUCCUGCCUGUGCCCAUCACAAACUGACUGGCCUUUGGGAGCUGCCUGUCUCUCUCCUGCUUUCAUGGCUGAAGCUCGAGGGAGAUCUGUUUCCAGCAGGAACUGUUGAAGGAGCUCAACAUUUUCCACCAGCUGGUUCAUGCAAAGGUGUCGCUGGGUGACUAUUCUCUGGGGCGGUCCCAGGGCCCUUGUGA